AUUAAUAAUACAAUUAUUAGUAAUUAUAAUUUAUAUAAAACUGUUUUUGGAGCAGGAGCUACAGAUACUGUACGCAUUACGAUUUACGAGGUACAAAUAUUUGAAGACUCCUUAUAAAAUUUAUUAGCUCCGAACUCUUACUUACACUGACGCAAAGGAAUUCUUAUCGAAAUAUGUUGCCUUUUCGAGUAUUGCGUCCUUUUCAUUUUGCUACGUCCCUACUGCAGUCAGCGAGUCGCCUCAAAGCAGAGGAAUUGGUUUUACGCAACUGCCGAUUUAUUUCUUCGUCCGUUCUCUGUGAUCGUAAUUCCAGUUUUCCAACGGUUACAUCUCGAAAUGUACUGUCCUUAAGUGGCAUUUUUCCCGCCACAGUCAGUGGCAAACCCAUUGCGAGAUACAGCAAGCGCGGAUACCAGUCCACUUUCAACCAUGAUGAAAAAUACAAUGUGACAUCAACGGACCAAAUCGAGAUUGUGGAUUACAACUACGUCAAGAUGAUGAUUAAAGGGAAUCUAGGAGUAAUUAUCGACGUCAGGAAUCCCGACGAAGUACGGGGUCCGCAGGGAAGGAUAAAAGGCUCCAUCAAUAUUCCUCUUAGCGAUAUCCCGGAAGCUCUUCGGAUGCCUAUUAAAGAUUUCGUAAAGAAAUAUGAAAUUCAGAAUCUGACAGAUAAAAACGAUGAGAUCGUUUUUCACUGCAAAGCGGGUGUGCGCAGCGAGCAGGCUUGUAAAAUCGCGAAAUCACUGGGCUUUGUGAACGCUAAAAACUACAAAGGAAGCAUGGAUGAUUAUUUCGAAAAAGAAACUUCAGGACAGGUGGAUCCCCUCAAGUAUUACCCCUUACGACCGCUUGCUUGAAAUUAAUGCCGGUGCGGUAGGAUGGCCAUUACUUCCAAUUUCUCGAUUGUGGAAGGUUGACGAGAGGCGUACACACUAUGGGCGUACUUACAAAAGUCAGCACACAUACAAAUAGUUUUCAUUUUCGUCUUUUCAUGCUCCCAUGUCGUUCGAAAAAUUAUAUUGCAGGAUAAUUCUUUGCUAAGUUUGCUUUAAUUUUCCCCUCUUUGAGUGUGCAUUGUGUAAGAUGGAAAGGGUGCUGUUACGUUUUAGUCUUUGAUUUAUCGUUCUUCAUAAAUACUUACAUUCAUGGA